UUUGACGCGUGAAGUGUGGCCCUAUGAAGUUGCCAACCUGGCGCCCACUCAAACAGGCUACACUUGUUACUCACUAACUCCUCUCAAGAUGUGUUCAUACCGGGUGUUCUUUGGCCUAGUGUGUCUCACGGUGCAGUUGUCUUUCUCCGUGUGCAGUGCCGAGUCUGUGCAAAUGAUCGAAAGCAAGGAGGCAUUUACCGACUUUAUGAAACGGAACGAGGACAAGCUUACUGUAGUGAACUUCUAUGCGGCUUGGUUAGGUCCAUGCAAAAUGAUUGCACCGGUGUUUGAGGAGAUGGCAGCCACGAUUCCUGGGGUGGCCUGUGGAAAAGUGGACGUCGAUGAAUCUGACGACGUUGCAGCGGAGUAUAAAAUAUCCAGUAUGCCAACCUUCAUUUUCUUCAAAUAUGGCGAGAAGGUACUGUCUGCAUUUGUUGAUACGAUGGUGGGUGCCAAUGCGGACAAGUUACGGGGGUUGAUUUAUCGGUAUGCGCGGUGAACGGCACGAUAUAUUUACCUUUGUUCAGCAUAUUUGACCAUUUAAGAUGCAUUUCUUUCGAUUCCAUUAGCAUUGUUGAACAUUAAUGACUAAGAUGCCUUGUGUUUGAGCAUACUUAAACAUUAAGAUGCCUUGUCUUAGAACUUAGUUAAACUAUAAGAUGCCUUGCGUUAGACCUUAUAUGAACAUUAAGAUAAUUGUAUCAGAGCAUAGUUGAUCAUUAGAAUGACUUGUGUUAGAGCACAGUUGAACAUUAAGAACAUCGUAUUAGAGCACAGUUGAUCAAUAGGAUGAGAUGGUGGGUGCCAAUGCUGACACAUCGUAUUUUAUCUAUCUUUUUGUUCAGUUUUGGUUGAUUAUGUCAAUCUGCUAGACCGCUGUUCUCAUGAUUCAUGUACCUUAUAGUUUGAAUAUUCUACUGGUGUGUUACAAGCAAAUGCGGACUGGGUCCAUAAGGUGCAAGACCCGUUAAUGAGGCUCUAUUCAUUCAUUUAUAAAACUCACGACCUUCUCACGAGGAUGACGAUGGUCAACGACAACAUGAACGCCAGCGAGCAGGGUCGUUUGGUAUCGCCCUACCACUCGACACUGAGGAAGACGGCGUAUCUCUGUGGCACUGUUUGAUAGUACAAAGUAUUAACAUACCCAUAGCUAUUUACAUGCCCCUGAGUAGAAAACAGACAUCAGCUUCACCCAAAACCCGAUAAAGAAAAAAAAAAUUGCAGCACUGUAUGUAGAUUGACACCCAUUCAGUGGUUUCUGUAGAGUUACCUCCUUUGUAUAUUAUAAGAAAAAUUUAAUUGGUAAUGUAUCAGAUCUAGUCAUCCCCAUAUAAUUAAUAUUCAGAGUUUAUUUAAGUUACGUUUGAGCUUCCUCCUUAGUCGAUGAUCCAGCACGACGUCUGCAAAAAGAAUGGUGUCCACUCGUAAAUCGACCUGUGUAUCAAAGUCGACAACAUCAGAAACUUAAACAAGGACGUUUAGCCAACUAUUAUUCCAGAUAAGAACAAGAAUUCUUGUAUUUGACAAGUCUUACCUCCUGCACAGGUUUUCACAGAUUGUAAAAGCAACCAACAGUAACAUCUGAAAUUCAAACGUUAGUCAUUAUUUUCCAAAAUCAUUAUGAUUGACGUUAACAGUGAAACAAUUUAUCAUGAAAGCUUACUUAAGACUUACGUAAUGGAAGUGAAUUCCUCUGACCUGGGCAAACCGUUUUCAAAGGGCGAAAGUAUAUUUUCA